AUGGGAACUCCAAUCGAACGUGCGAUUUCCAAUACGAGUGCGAGAGGUUUAACGCCCUUGUUAGCAGUUAAUGUUGAAGACUCAGGAUCAAAAGUUUUCAAACGGCAAAGAAUUGUAGUUUUAGCAGAUUUCUUCUUUGAACUUUAUGAUAAAAAAGGAGAAACCCUCAAGCGUAGUUUUUCUUGGUUGAAGUUAACUGGCUUUAAAAUCAUCGAAAAGACAGAAGUUUACGUAGAAUUUGGCCAUAAAAAAUUCCAAUUUACAUCACCACAAUUUAAAUCAUUAGUUAGCGGCAUUGUAGAUUCAACACAAAGAUUCCUUACAAAGAAUGAACUUUCUGAAAUGGGUUUCCAAACUGCAGAAUUAUUCAAAUCCAAACCAACACCAAUUUCCAUAAUUCAUCGUCUAGAAGCUAAAAUGAAAGAAUUAAAGAUAGAUCUCCAGCCAGAAAUCGUCCAAUACAUUAAAGAUUUAAUAAUAACGGAGAGAAAAAUUAUAAAUUUCGCAGAAAUUCCAGAAGCUGAUACAGCUGCACCACUAUUUUUCGACAUCCUGCAGCUGAUGAGCUUUGUUUCAAGCGUUACUUUGCCUCCUAUGAUUGGUGACGUUGAUGCGUUUGAAUAUAUAUCAGAAUUUAUCGGAUUGCCAUCAUACUUACGUCAUUUAACAAUAGAUUGCAAAAUCAGUCAGUCAUUUUCUCAAUUUAUACAGAAAUUAAAAGAAAAUGACCGUUCUCGUAUCACAGGACUUACAUUUGUCAAUUCAGAAUUCACAAUUGAUCAACUUAGCUUACUUACAGAAGCAUUAGUAGCUCGCAGCAUCACUUCUCUUGGUUUUCACAACGCAAUCUCACAUCCAGCAAGAAUUUACUUCUAUUCAACAUUCUUCCAAGGUGAAUUCCUCAAUAAUCUCAAAUAUCUCGACAUUACAAAUACUCCAAACCUCGAUUUACGAAUUUUAUUACCAAAAAUCCGUCAGAUUUGCGUUCUCAAUCUCGAAUCAUGUGGUAUCGAAAUCUCAGAAAUUAUCUCAGCUAUUUCCUCCAUCUCUCUUCCUUCUCUUCGCGAAAUUAAUGUUUCAAAUAAUCCAUUUACCAUUCCUUUGAGCUCUCCGACAGCUCUUCCGAAGUCAUUGACCACUUUCAUAGCCAAUAAGAUCACUUUCCCUGACAACAGCCUCGUUACUCUCAUUUCAUAUUUAUUUGCCAAGAUUCAGAAGCCUCUCAACCUUUCCAUUGCCGACGCCCUUGAUUCCACCGAUGAAUGGUUCAGAGUUUUCAACUUCCUCGAGAAAUGUCCCUUCGAAACCCUCCAAUCUCUCACUUGGGACAAUAAUCCAACGUAUCCGUCACUUUUUGAGUUUCUUGGUCGGAACAAAAUGUUGGAAUAUCUAUCAUUAUCAGGCUGUUUCUAUGAAGCGAACCACGGACCAAUUGUUUGCCUUGCAGAUUACUUGGAAACAGCUUCAUCUCUUCGAACAUUAAUUUUGAGAGGUUUCAAUGCAUCAAUUCUCGGAAAAUACACCGUUGCAGCAUUGUCAGCCAUGAGAAACAUGAACUCCCUUGAGCACCUCGAUGUUUCAUUCAACUAUGGCGGAGAUGAUGAAUUAUUGACUCUCAAAUUAUUAGUAAACGAAUUGCCACAAAUUCGAACAAUUUACUUUGACGGAUGCAAGUCAACGAAUGUCCAAAUUAUCAAUGACUUGUUCAAGACAUGCAGAUGCGUAACAGAAGACAACAAAGUCUCCAUUAUUUUCCCAACAGAAGACAUGACAAAUCUCAAGAAGAAACUGUUAAUUACUGAAGACCAAUACGAAACAUUUUAUCAGAUUUGUCUUCAAAAACCGGAAAUUUGUUUCGCACAAAAGAAGUCUUGCGAAUACCAAAGACCUGAGAAAUCUCCUUUGGACGAGAACUGCGUGUUACCAACUGAUGAUUACACACUCCAAUUCCCUCUUUUCCUCACGAGAGAUGAAGUUUUGUUGUUGGGAGGAGAUGAAAAUGAUGAUGAAACUGUUGCCCCUGAAACAGUUGCAAUUGAUUACGCUGUAAACGAUUUCGAAGAUAACCAGGCUGCUUCAAUAGCUUCUCUCAACUUUAACCAGUCGAAAUCACAAAUACAAGGAAAUUCAACAGCGAAUUCAUCAGUCAUCAUUUCGACACCAACAGCAACAAGUGUAAGAUCAAUACCAAGAUUUGAUAACGACAAUGAAAGUGUCGCUUCAAAGAAGAGAGCUGUUGCAAGUUCAAUAAGAAGAGCAAUGUCAGAAAAGGCUGAAUCUGUUGUUGGAAAUGAUACUCCUGACACUCCAAGAUCGAGAUCUUCUACUAAACAAAACUCGCCAAAGACAAGAGGUUUGAAUACAGGAAGAUCAAAAACAAUUAUCUCUCCUUUCCAUCAUGAUUUGACCGCUGAAAACGUUGAUAGACAUUCUUGGGAAUUCCCGGCAAAUUAUGAUAUCGAGUUCGACCAAAACGUUUGGAAAGAUGCAGCUUCAGAAUUUUCAAUUCAAAGUUUGUUUGAUGAGAUUAGAUACGAGAAAAGCGCAAUUGUCCAUAGACAAGGUGACGCACAGAGCGUGAUGUCGAAGAGGUCUAAGAGAUCUAAGAUGGAUGUUUGA